AUGACUUUCUGUUUAUCAUCAACGCAGGAAACAAUUGAUGCAAAUAUCAAUAAAGCAAGGAGAGGUUUAAGGAGCAAACGUAGCCCCAAAAAUCACCAACAAACUGAGAGAAUUGAACAUGUAUUCAGCACAUAUUAUUCUAAACGUCUAUCAAUGUCAAAACAUGAACAUCGGGAAUUUCAGAUAUGUCAAAGUCCAUCAGCCUCCAGUGUCACAAGUUCAAGAACCCGAGACAGGCAACUUGAGGAAGAAUUCUCCCACAAUACACCAAAAAGAAUUUCCCAGUGCUGUUCUUCAGCAUCUAAAUCAAGCCAAAUCACUGCAGCAUUACCUAAAGCAUUAUCAGAAAAUGAAGAUUCCAGUUCUAACGACUACCAUCUUGCACGGAAUUAUAUGGCCAAUACAGAGUCCUCAAAAGCAAAAGCCAGGUCACAUAGUGAACCAAAGCAACGACCCAAAUGGAGCAUGAAACCGAAAAGCAGGCGAACAGCAUCAAUGGAAAGGAUGAAUGACACAGAAACUAUUCAGAUGCAACACCCCACUUCAAUUGUGAGACAUUCCCAUGAAAUACAAUUCCCCUGGCUGGUAAAGCUUUACCGAUCUGCAAAAUCUAUCAAGGAUAGAGAGCAUGAUUCCACCAGCAUAACUACUAAAAAUUCCACCUACUGCAAAACAAUAAUUGCUUACGAGGUAAGUAUUUAG